AUGGGCCAAAGCUCUUCCAACCGAGUUGUAUCUCGAUUUACAGAAACAAAUGCGCCACCAAACAAUGUUGCUCUUCCUACAGAUUAUCUAAACGAACCACUGACUACUCUCGAAGGUUCACUCAAAAACAUGCACUCUCGAUUGGAUGAUCUUGACAAGCACAUUAUCAAUGCCAAAGCACAAUUCAAUUCUUCGAUUGCGCAUAACUUAACACGUGACGAAGCAGCUGCAAUAUAUCUUUACACGUUAGAGUGGCCCAGUAACGGAAUUAGCUUGUACACAAUAUUCAACCAAGAUCUUCGAACGAAAGAUAACUCGAAAAUCAAACAUUGGCUACCUUUUCUCAAACUGCUCAUGACGGCAAUGAAUAAAAUGCCAUCGAAGCAACUACGAGUUUACCGAGGCCUUCGAGGAGAUGUCAGCAAAGAGUAUACCGAAGGUCUGGAAUUCGUCUGGGCAAGUGCGACUUCAUGUAGUCGUAGUAUUAACAUGGCUUGCAACUUUUUUGCCAACUCAAAUGGAGAAUGUGUGCUGUUUCAGAUCGAUGUUCAAAACGGAAAAGAUAUUUCUGCUUUCAGUCAUUUCAAAUUGGAGGAGGAAGUCUUGCUUCGUCCGGGCACCAGAUUUCGUGUGACAAAAAAGCCUCAACUUGAAAAGAUUGACAGCAUGAGCGUUUUUGUUGUUCAUUUGCAAGAAGUUUGA